UUGUUUUCCUCCAAAAUGGCCCUAAGUGAAGACGAAAACACCUGGGCAUUGGAGUUAGAAGCAGCUCUUCUGGAUGCUGAGUCUUUGUCUGCAUCAGAUAUUUACGCCAUGACCAAAGGCCAGCCGAUUCCUGGCAACUUGAGGCCGGAUGUUUGGCAGGCAUGUUUAGACGUCACGAAUCGCGGCAAUCAGUUGAUACAUUUCAAUGAAAUAUUUGAUCUUCCUGAACAGAACCUCAUUAGAAAAGAUUGCCAACAGCUCGUUGAUAAAUUGGGCAAUGACGACAAUGAUAAAGUGUCCGUGCUAUCAGAUUUGGAGUCAAUAGUCACAUUUUACUGUAAAUGCCGCGGCAAAAGUUACAAAAGUGGCAAUGGAUGGUUAGAACUAUUGGGGCCAUUGAUUUCAUUGAAGUUACCACGUUCUGCGACAUACAAUUUAUUUGAGGCAAUAAGAGACGUUUAUAUACCACGUGGUGAUACACACAGUUCAAUACUACGGCUUUUAUUGCUCUACCAUGAUCCCGAAUUAUGUUCCUUUCUUGAUACGAAGCGUGUUUCACCUGAUCAGUAUACCAAAGGAUGGAUUAACACACUUUUUGCUGGAGUAUGCACGCUACCUGUUAUUUAUACAAUAUGGGAUCUCUAUUUUAUGCAAGAAGAUCCUUUUUUCAUGUUAUUUUCAUCACUUGUUAUGGUUGUUAAUGCUAGAGAAAAAAUAUUGAGUAUGAAAGACGACGAGAGACAAAAUAUAAUAGAUACUUUAUCAGCCAUGCCGCGUGCAAUAGAAGUUGAAGAUGUUGCUGACUUUUGUUCAUUAGCUCAGUACUACAAAAUGACGACACCUAACUCAUUUAAACAAGAGUUGUAUCCAAUAAUGUUUGGAGAAGGUGGUGAUGAAAAAUUAAUAUCAACAGCACUUUGUUUGCCAGUUACUGCUGAUGAAUUAGUAGAAAAUACUAUUGAAGCUCCACUGUGCUCAAGUAUUCCAUCCGAGUCAGUGCGUUUUUUUCUCGUAGAUUGUCGUCCAGUUGAGCAGUACAAUGCAGGCCAUUUGCCUACAGCAUUUCAUCUUGACUGUAAUUUGAUGCUACAAGAACCUGCUGCUUUUGCAACAGCAGUCGACGGUUUGCUACGCGCCCAAAGACAAGCGCUCGCUAUCGGUUCAAAUGCCGGUGGCGAGCAUUUGUGUUUUGUCGGAAGUGGUAGACAAGAAGAGGAUCGUUAUACUCAUAUGGUUGUCGCAUCUUUUUUACAAAAGCACACUCAGUAUGUCAGUAUGGUUAAAAAUGGGUAUCAAGCAAUACACGAGUACUUUGGCGAUGAAGUUAUUACGAAUCUUGUUGACCAUAAUUUCCAGCGGUGUUUGAUAUGUAAUUCAAACUCAUCGGAGAGUAACUCAAAAAAUACUAGUCCAAUGAAAAAUAAAAGUAACUCGGAUUUGUUUGGUAAAAUUGGGAUGGCUAUGAAACUUAAGAGUCAAGAAGUUAAAGGAAAAUUAUUUGAUUACAUUGUUAAUCCGUCGACGAGUGUUACUAGUAGUAAUAAAGAUGAUAAAAAAGAUGAUGAGCCUACAAAACGGUCUAAAAGUACAAUGCCUGUGUUUAGUAUUGAUGAUGUUCAUGAUCCGGACAUGGUUAUAAGUAAUCCAGAGAAUGAACAACCUGUUGAAGUUGUCUCUAUAAGUCAGUGGUUGAAAAAUCCACAAUUGUUACAUUCCUUCAAGUGUCAAGAAGUUAAAGUUAAUGGAUAUGUUUAUGAAAGCCAUUUAUUAGUGACUGACAGUCAUCUAAUAGUACUCCGUGAAAUACCAGGACGUAGAGAUGCAGCACAUGUUAUUGUAAAACGGCCAUUGUCAAAUAUUGUUAGAAUAACAUCACGUAAACAUCAUCCGGAUUUAAUAACAUUUAAAUACGGCACAACACAGAGUGAUAUGCUUGUUAUUUCUGACAUGGACAGACUUUUAAUUCCCAACGGAGGCGAAGCUGUUAAAUUAAUUUCACAACAAAUUCUAAAGGAAUUGAAGAGUUCAAAAUAACGUGAGUGAUAAAAUGUAUAUAUGUAUUAAUUAUACAUAUAUAUAUUUCAUUGAAUAAAAUAUUAUAUAUGAAUAUUAUUAUAUUAAUAUUAAAUAUAAAUAAUUCCAUUCAAAGAUUAAUAAAUAAAAAAUAAUUAUUUAUUUUAUUUGGUACUUAUUUUAUCUCAAAGAUUUAUUAAAGUAUAUUUAUACGUCCAUUAUUUAUAAAAAAAAGUGCCAUUAAAAUUGCAUAUGUGCAUUCCUUAUUACGUAAACACAAAAAAA